AUGUCGUACGACAGUACGCUUGACGGGAUUGAUCACUCGAAACCGGCGUCUGAAGACCCCUCGCGCUUACGGACCUUCUUCUCGAUCUUGCGCAGGUUCAUUGGUGUCACAGAUAUUGCCACCGCUCGUUUCUCUCUGCCUGCCCAGCUCCUUGAGCCCACUCCCAAUCUAGGUCCGUCACAUCCCCCCAAACACCAGAAAGCGUGGCUGAACCGUGGUAUAGAAUACUGGAAUUACCUUGAUCGCCCGGAGAAUUUCAUCAGCAUCGGAAAGUCUGACGAUGAACUCGGUCGUAUGCUAGAAGUGCUGAGAUUUUGGUUCACAAAAGAUGUGAGAUACGUAAAAGGCAAGCCCUGUAAGCCAUAUAACUCAGUCCUGGGGGAAUUUUUCAGGUGUCACUGGGAGGCAGAAGACUGUCAACCAUCAGUUUCUCCAGAUUCCAUCGAAGACAGUGCUUCUGCUGGUAUUCAGGCGGCCAGCAAUGAUGAAAAAGUGAGAGUAUCGUUUAUCACUGAACAAACAUCACAUCACCCACCAGUAUCUGCCUUUUACAUUAACUGCCCACAACGAGGCAUCUCCGCUCGUGGCUUCGAUCAGAUUACCGCAAAGUUCAGUGGCACUAGUAUCCGGAUCGCUCCAGGCCAGCACAAUCUGGGCAUUUUCUUGAACUUAGAUAGGCGAGGCAACGAAGAGUAUCAACUCACACAUCCCGCUGCACAUAUCGGCGGGUGGCUAAGAGGGUCUUUGUCGAUAUCUGUUUCAGAUGCUUGCUAUGUAACUUGUGCCAAAACCAGGAUCAAGGUGAUUCUGCAGUACCUCGAAGAUAGCUGGCUUGGUAAGGCACACUAUCGCGUGGCUGGGCUCAUCUUUCGAUACGACCCCGAGAAUGACGACAAGACGAAAAUAAAAGAAGUCCCCGAGGACGAUAUUCUUGCCAGGAUCGAAGGCAGCUGGCACGAACAGGUAUAUUACACCCUAGCUAGCUCUUUAGAGCGCCGCCUCCUCGUUGAUAUCACGCCCCUUCACCCUGCUUCUAAGAUCGUUCCCCCAGAAAACCACCAGCUACCCAAUGAAUCCCGGAAGUGCUGGUCUGAGGUCACCAUGGCGAUCCACUCCAAACAAUACAACCUAGCGACACAGCGAAAACAUGAACUUGAAGAGCGCCAAAGGGUAAAAGCCGCAAUUCGGAUGGAGAAGAACCAUGAAUGGCAGCCUCGCUUUUUCAACCUCCCCUUUGAUCCAUCCGGAAAACCAGAGCUGACUGAUGACGGUAGAAAGGCCUUGGAGAAGCUCCAUAAUGGAGAUUAUACGCUGGAGGAGAAAGAAAUAGCCUAA